CGGAAAAGAACACAGGAAAAUGCUUUAAUUGAAAUCGAAGCUAGCUAGCAGUAAAAAUCUCAUCUUUACAGUCACAGAGAUGGCGUCUGCAAUAGCUGCACAUUUUUGUCCAGGAAGAGGCUUAACUCUUUCUUGCUACAAAAGAAAUCGCUUCCACCUUCAUCAUCUUCGUUUUUCUUCUACUUCUCUCUCCCAUGCUGUCUUCUCCAGAGGUUACUUGUCAACUGAGAUGUUUACAAGGCCAAAAGUUCACCCCAUUAUUUGCAUGGCCAAAAGAUACGCACCAAACACCACAAAGAGAAAGAGAUUGAGUAGAAAGAGGGGAGGUGACCCUGACAAGAAGAGACACAGGAGAAGGAAAGGGUCCAAGAAGAAGCUUUUCAAGAUCAUCAGGCUUGUCUCAGCAGCUGGGACUGGAUUCUUCUAUGCCAAGAAGAAGAGCAGGAGGAUUCACAAGAUUGAUCUCAAGAAAUAUGAUCCAAAGGUGAAGCUCCAUGUCCUCUUCACAGAAGCCAAAUGAUAUGUAACAUGCCACUUUUGCUUUUCGGCUUUAAUAAUCGUAUUAGUACUAAAA